ACAAACUUUUGGCCUCAGUCCCUCCUGUUGCCUGUGGUGUUUCUCUGCCCCCUCACUUCCCAACACACUGGUGCACGCUCACUCACACGCUCACACUCACACACAGAGGCACUCCGUCUGGGAGUCCCAGGACGGUGACUGGGAUGGAAUUCUGAGCUGGGAGGACAGGAGAAGCCCAGGUGCAGGACAGUUUUCCUGUCAGGCCUGUCUCUUUUGGCCUUCUGGUAACAGCUUUCCGGGGACUGACGGGGGACCUGGGCAUGGAGCUGAGCUGACCACAGGAGCGGAUCGGGGCUGAGGGAGACUUAAAGCCCAGAGAGGAGGUAUAAUUUGCCUAAGGUCACACAGCAAGUAGAGACUCAGCUCUACCACUUUUUAUUGUAUUGAGCCUGGAGGAACAUGGAGCCCUUGUCAGCUCCUGGUCGCCUUGAUUUCCCCAGCACCCCUCGGGAGCGAGGGGCAGUGGGGGUGCCUCCCUCACCAUCCUGCCCUGCUCCCAGCUCUGUGGCCUCCCAUGGCUACGGACAGGAAAGUGGUGGUCCACGGGGAUGGGCCUCCUGCAGUCUGCUGGGCUGCUGAGAAUGGAGAGAAGCUGGACCAGGAAGGAGAGGACCAGGUGAAGGAUCGGGGCCAAUGGACCAACAAGAUGGAGUUCGUGCUGUCAGUGGCCGGGGAGAUCAUUGGGCUGGGCAACGUCUGGAGGUUUCCCUAUCUCUGCUACAAAAAUGGAGGUGGAGCCUUCUUCAUCCCCUACUUCAUCUUCUUCUUCACCUGUGGCAUCCCGGUGUUCUUCUUGGAGGUGGCAUUGGGCCAGUACACCAGCCAAGGGAGUGUGACAGCCUGGAGGAAGAUCUGCCCCCUCCUCCAGGGCAUCGGCCUGGCGUCCAUGGUCAUUGAGUCCUACCUGAACGUGUACUACAUCAUCAUCCUCGCCUGGGCCCUCUUCUACCUGUUCAGCUCCUUUGCCUCUGAACUGCCCUGGACGACCUGUACCAACACCUGGAACACAGAGCAUUGCAUGGACUUUCUGAACCGUUCGGGAGCCAGUGCGGUGACCCCCUCUGAGAACUUCACCUCGCCUGUCAUGGAAUUCUGGGAGAGACGUGUUCUGGGCAUCACCUCGGGCAUCCAUGACCUGGGCACCCUGCGCUGGGAGCUGGCGCUGUGCCUCCUGCUCGCCUGGGUCAUCUGCUACUUCUGCAUCUGGAAGGGGGUCAAGUCCACUGGCAAGGUUGUCUAUUUCACAGCCACCUUUCCCUACCUGAUGCUGAUCAUCCUACUGAUCCGAGGCAUCACCCUUCCGGGAGCUUAUGAGGGCAUCAUCUACUACCUGAAGCCGGAUUUGCUCCGCCUCAAGGACCCCCAGGUGUGGAUGGACGCAGGCACCCAGAUCUUCUUCUCCUUUGCCAUCUGCCAGGGGUGCCUGACUGCCCUGGGCAGCUACAACAAGUACCACAACAACUGCUACAGGGACUGCAUCGCCCUCUGCUUCCUGAACAGCGCCACCAGCUUCAUGGCGGGCUUCGUGGUCUUCUCCAUCCUGGGCUUCAUGUCCCAGGAGCAGGGCGUGCCCAUCUCUGAGGUGGCCGAGUCAGGUGUGUGCCUGGCAGGCCCCGGUCUGGCCUUCAUCGCGUUCCCUAAGGCGGUGACGAUGAUGCCCUUGUCCCAGCUGUGGUCCUGCCUCUUCUUCGUCAUGCUCAUAUUCCUCGGGCUGGACAGCCAGUUUGUCUGUGUGGAGUGCCUGGUGACUGCUUCCGUGGACACGUUCCCCAGGCAGCUCCAGAAGGGCAGGCGGCGUGAGCUCCUCAUCCUCGCCAUUGCUGUCGUGUGCUACCUGAUGGGGCUCUUCCUGGUCACCGAGGGCGGGAUGUAUAUCUUCCAGCUGUUUGAUCACUAUGCUUCCAGUGGCAUGUGCCUGCUCUUCCUGGCAGUGUUUGAGGUCAUCUGCAUCAGCUGGGUGUAUGGGGCAGACCGAUUCUAUGACAACGUCGAGGACAUGAUUGGCUACCGGCCAUGGCCCCUAGUGAAGAUCUCUUGGCUCUUCCUGACCCCUGGACUUUGCCUGGCCACCUUCCUCUUCUCCUUGAGCAAGUACACACCUCUCAAGUACAACAACAUCUAUGUGUACCCUCCCUGGGGAUAUUCUAUCGGCUGGUUCCUGGCGCUCUCCUCCAUGGUCUGUGUUCCGCUCUUCACCAUCAUCACCCUCCUCAAGACCCAGGGUUCCUUCAAGAAGCGCCUGCGACAGCUCGUCACUCCUGACCCCAGCCUGCCACAGCCCAAGCAGCGCCUGUAUCUGGAUGGUGGCACUGGCCAGGACUGUGGGCCCUCCCCAGUGAAGGAGGGACUGAUAGCUGGGGACAAGGAGACCCACUUGUAGGAUGUGACACAGAAGCCACGUGGCUACUGAGCCAGGAACCUCAGUCACAGUCUCCCUCUCUCCCCAGUGGACAGCCUUCACCUCUGUGCCCUCCCACAGUCCUGCUGGGAAUCUCUGUGAUGUUUGUGGGCACCCUCAGCAAGAAGCCAGACUCCUCUCCUCUCAGCUGAAGCAGCUCCUCCUGGUGGACUAAAGAUGGUCCCCUGGGACAAGCCAUGCUGUAAGGCACCUCCCUAUUGGAACACACCAUUUUACUUAUCCAGGAAGGUGGUCUUUUGGAGUCCACUAUCUGAUUAUGAUGCAUUACCUGGUGCAGGAGCUCCCCCCAGGGGGAUGUCCCUGUGAGAACUUACUGUAUUUGUGCACUGGGAGGGCAGCGCCAAUUCGAAUACAUCCCAUGCUUGGAUUCAGACAGCCCAACAGAGCAUGCUGUGUUGGAUGGGACAAUGGAACACACCACAUUGGAUCCUGACAUUCCAUUAGAGGGUCCUUCACUGGGCUUAGCAUUCUGGAGUCCAUGGGGAAGGAACUAGAGAAACAGCCAGGAGGGAAGCCUUCACGGGCCAUCAUUGUCUUGAGUUGUCCUGGAGGAAGUCUCCGGUGUCCCUAGCUCUAGCCCUAGUUCCACAUGCUUCUUGCAAUGUUGUCUUCACCUCACAGAGUGUUGGAAUGAAAGGACCUAGAGAUGAUCCCUAGACUUCACACCACAUGGCAUUUUAUUCUCCUUGUUCCCUGUCCAUGACAGACAUUGCCAGUAGAUCACAGAUUCUCUCCCCCCUCACAGUUCUUCCAGAUACAGUGCUCCAGGCAGCUCUGUUUGCCAUCUGCUUUUCUCUGAACCCCUCACUUCAUGAAUAAGAAAACUGAGAACGAAAGAGAAAAAGUGACUCAAGUUCACACAGCUUCUCAGGGCCAGAGUUAUGAAUAAAACCUGGUCUCCUUGUUCUGAGGCCAGUGUUCUUCCCAUUACACCAUCCUGCCUUAGUCAACAACAUAUAUGGA